GCCUCCACGGGUUGUCAUGACGACGUUGUUGCAGCUAAAGUCUCUAAAGGCAUUCAACCCUUCUGCACUUUGUGUUUGGGAAAACUCUGUCGAGCAGAAAGAGCAACUCACCAGGAUAUAUUAUAGGCAGCUGCAGUUGUUUGUGAAUGCAUGCUCUCUGAUAUCACCAUGAAGAUCUAACUACAUAAUGGCAACCUUAAAAGAAGUGGAUCACAUAACAGCUUGCAGAUCAGACCAGGAGGAAGCAGCAGCAGCAGCAGCAGUGGGGGAGCAGACACCAGAGAGGAGAUGUGUUGAUGCCCUGCUAGAUAUCAGUGAAGAGGACUUCAUGAAAGAACAGGAGCCUUAUGAGUAUCACUGUUACCCUGGAUGGGAAGAAGCUGUUCAUGGUUGGGCCAGAGUUGCUCCAAUGAGCUGUAUACUUUUGCCUCAGAAAAGGUACAGGAAACCAAAGCAUAAGGAGGCUGACAACCCGACCCCCUUGUCUGUCGACCCAACAAUCCCUGAUGCAGACAGCUCAGGCAGCAGUGCAGAGGACCGCUUUGAAUCUCGCGUGGUCUCGCAUAACAGCUUCAAGGCAACCACAUCCACGGCAGGGACCCCUCUGCAGCCUCACCACCAUCUCCCCUUAAAAUACUCGGACAACAGGCCCACUAAGCCUCACAAAUACAGCCCCAAUAACAUAGUGGUUCCCAUUAAAACCUUCACAUUUUUACCACCAAUUAAAUCACCACGCCUGAGAUUCAGUGGCCAGCUGUGCAGUGGCAAGAAGGCUCCAGAAGGAGGAAGCAUAGAGGAAAACUGUUUCAUGCUUGAUAAGAAGAGUGGGACAAGAGGAACAAGAGUGGACCGUAUUGCCAGCCCAGAGCUCCACACUUCCUCUGCAGCACAGACCUCCGAGUACCGGACAUGUCAGCACAACCCCCACUUGUUCUCUGCUGUUUCUAUCCCCAGGAGGUAUCAAGUAAAACCUGACACAGUGCACCGCACCAGCUACUCAAUGGGCAAGAGCCUGUACCCCAGCAACACUGUGUGUAUGUAGGAUGUGAUCAUUUUCUCAGGUUCAACCAAGUAAAAACAACCUGUUUUUAUCUCAUUUUGUAUCAUGCAUGCCUCCGCUUCACCACAUCAUACCAUGUUUCCAUCAAAAAUAGUUAGCUGGAAGAAUAAAUCAAGGUAUGAGACAUGUUCAUAAAACUAACUCAUCACAGAGGUAAUUCAUUUGGUUUAGUGUUCAGUCAGUUAACAGCGUGACAUUUCAGAACAUACCAACCAUAACGAUAACAGUCCAGUGAACAGAACAUUGAAAUGUUAUGUCAUUUGGGCCUGUAUUUUGUUCUCACCCGUUCCCACGAGUGCUUUUUCAGCUGUUCUAGUUACCUAGCAACGGUGCAACUACCUCAUAAGAAGCAUGGCUGUGCGCCUGCUUCACACUCUCUACAGUUUAAACCUCAACCACAAGCCACAGCUCUGUGACGACGAUGAUAUAAACCGUUGCCAAACUA